GCGGCCGUCCCAGGACAGUAUAAAAAUCCCGGCGAACUGUCCCAAGAGCACGGAAAGAACUGGAUUUCUUAGGUGUAUCUGUCUGUCAAUCAAUCAUGAAGGCUGUGGCAAUAAUCCUUGCUCUGGCAGUCAUCUCUGGCUGCCAUGCCCGCGCUGUGCGCCAGGCAGAGGCCCUCCAGAACCACUGGGAGGAGAACGUUGAGCGCUUCUGGACCUACGUGUCUGAGAUCAACAGCAGAGCCGACGGACUGGUGGAGAACCUCAAAGCCUCCCAGCUCAGCAGAGAACUUGACACCCUGAUCACUGACACCGUGGCUGAGCUGACCGUGUACAGGGAGGACAUCCAGACCAAGUUGGGGCCCUACGCCCAGGACACAGCCGCCCUGCUGGGCCAGGACCUGCAGCUUCUGACCACCAAGCUCCAGACCGACAUGGUUGACGCCAAGGAGCGCAGCACACAGUACCUGGGAGAGCUCAAGACCAUGAUGGAGCAGAAUGCUGAUGAUGUCCACAACCGCGUCAACACCUACACCCGCAAACUGAAGAAACGCCUUAACAAGGACACAGAGGAGAUCCGCAACACCGUGGCUACCUACCUGGGAGAAAUUCAGUCCCGUACCUCCCAGAACAUGGAUCUCGUGAAGGAGCGUGUGGAGCCCUUCGUGAGUCAGGCCCACGACACCGCCGCCCAGAGGCUGGGCAGCUUCACUAACCUUCUGAAGAACCAGGCCCAGGACUUGAGCCAGCAGGUCUCCACCCAGGCCGAAGGCAUGCGCAAGCAGCUGGAGGCCACCGCCGAGGACCUGCGCACCACCCUGGAGGGCAAGAUCGAUGAGCUCAGCAGCCUGAUCGCCCCCUACGCCGCCAAGAUCCGUGAGCAGCUCCAGACCGCCAUGGACAAGGUCAAGGAGACCACCGUCUAAAUGGACCCAGGGGAGGGAGGGGUUUGGAGGACUGGUGUCCCGCCACUACACCCCUGUUUAAGUAGGGGUGGGGGUUGUGAAGCACU